CCAGCAAAUUAAGCUCACUCUAGUGAUCACUUGUCAACCCGGCCAGGAAGCGAGGAAGCAGCCAUGGUGCUCCGCAUGCAAAGCCUCAGCCCCCCUCGUCGUGUGUCGGUGGAUGGCCCAAUCAUCGUCGGCGCCGGUCCCUCCGGGCUCGCCGUGGCGGCCAGCCUCGGCGAGGAGGGCAUGCCAUUCCUCAUGCUGGAGCGCGAGGACUGCAUCGCCUCGCUCUGGCAGAAGCGCACCUACGACCGCGUCAAGCUCCACAUCCCCAAGCACUUCUGCGAGCUCCCUCGCAUGCCCUUCCCGGAGAGCUACCCGGAGUACCCCACCCGCCGCCAGUUCAUCGACUACCUCGAGAGCUACGCCGCCAGGUUCGACAUUAAGCCCGAGUUCAACACCACCGUGCUCUCCGCCCACUACGACAACACCUCCGGACUCUGGCACGCGCAAGCCACCAGCGCGGGCGGUGCCCAGAUGGAGUACAUCGGCCGCUGGCUCGUGGUCGCCACCGGCGAGAACGCCGUCAACGUCGUCCCGGACAUCCCGGGCCUCGGCGGCUUCUGCGGCGAGGUCACCCACGUCAGCCACUACAAGUCCGGCGAGCCCUACAGCGGGAAGCGCGUGCUCGUCGUCGGCUGCGGGAACUCCGGCAUGGAGGUCUCCCUCGACCUCUGCGACCACGGCGCCCACCCUUUCAUGGUGGUGCGCGACGCCAUGCACGUCAUUCCGCGCGAGGUGCUCGGCAAGUCCACUUUCGAGCUGGCCAUGCUGCUCAUGGCGUGGCUCCCGCUCUGGAUCGUGGACAAGAUCAUGAUCUUCCUCGCCUGGCUCGUCCUCGGCGACCUCGACAAGCUCGGCAUCCACCGCCCGGCUGUCGGCCCGCUCACGCUCAAGCACACGCAAGGCCGCGCCCCGGUGCUCGACACCGGCGCGCUCGCCAGGAUCAGGUGCGGCCAAAUCACCGUCGUCCCCGGCAUCACCCGCUUCACCAACUCCGACGCCGUGCUCUCCGAUGGCACCGCCGUCCAUGUCGACGCUGUCAUCCUGGCCACCGGCUACAGAAGCAAUGUGCCACAGUGGCUCCGGGCGACGGACUUCUUCGGCAAGGACGGCUACCCAAAGACGGAGUUCCCCAACGGCUGGAAGGGCCAGUUUGGACUCUACUCCGUCGGCUUCGCACGCCGCGGCAUCUCCGGUGCCUCCGCCGACGCCGUGCGCAUCGCCAAGGAUCUCUGCCAGCUCUGGAAGGAGGAGAGCAGGCCCGCAAAGAAGGCCGGCCGCCCGUGCUAUAGGAGGUCUAUCUCCGUCGUCUUGUAAUCUAUCUAAGCAAGCUUUCAAUCUGGAUGUUCCUCAUGUAACUUGGGUCCUGGAAUUGUGUGGAGAUGGGAUUUUUUUGGGGACCGGCUAUUGGUAAGUUGGCUGAAACAAAACUUGGGUCAGUGUGUAAGUCAUUUGCCUUUUUUUUUCUUAGCCUGUUUAAGUUGAUUUGCUCUCAGCUGACAAUACGUGCGUACAACGUUUGACGCAGGGCCUUGAUCCA